AUGAGCGGAAAGAUCGUCUUCUACGAGGACAGAAACUUCCAGGGCCGCUCGUAUGAGUGCAGCAGCGACUGCUCUGAGAUCGCCUCCCACCUGAGCCGCUGCAGCUCCUGCAGGGUGGAGAGCGGCACCUUCAUGGUGUACGACCAGCCCAACUUCACGGGCCAGCAGUACCUCCUGACCAGGGGAGAGUACCCCGAGUACCAGAACACCAUCGGCUUCAACGACUGCAUUCAGUCCUGCCGCAUGGUCCCGAUGCACAAGGGACCCUUCAAGAUGAGGAUCUACGAGAGACCCAACUUCGAAGGCCAGAUGCACGAGCUGACGGACGACUGCAGCUCCAUCCAGGACAACUACCACAUGUCGGACAUGCAGUCCUGCAACGUGAUGGAGGGCUACUGGCUGAUGUACGAGCAGCCCAAUUACGAGGGCCGCAUGUUUUAUCUGAGGCCAGGAGAGUACAGGAACCUCCGAGACAUGAGCAGCGACGACAUGAGAUUCAAUUCAAUCAGACGCAUCACCCAGUCUUAA